AUGUCAUUUAUGCAAGAAAUGGAAACAACUCCGAUGGAAGCUCGACAAAUUUAUUCAAGCCAAAAAGAAGUAAUGAAGAAACUAGCUGAAUUUUCAGGAGAAGCUGAUGAAAUUGAUAUUGAUGAAUGGAUUUUUGAUUUAAAUAAUUUAUUUUCAUUAAUGAAAUUAAAAGAUGAGAUAAAAGUGCUCGAAACAAUGAGCAAAUUAACAGGACCAGCAUUACGAUGGUAUCAAGAAAAUUUAAGAUCAUUCAUUACUUGGAACGAUGCUGAAAAAGCACUACGUGACCGAUUCAAAGAAUUUACAUCCAACAGCCAAUUAAUGCAAGAAUUUUUUAAUAUUCAUCAAGAAGAGAACCAAUCCGUUAUAUCAUUUUAUGAAAAUGUAAUUCGGAAAUAUAGAAAAUCUCGACAGUUUAUUACUGAACAACAAGUUAUCACAGUGUUACAAAAUGGUGUUGAAAAUUCAUUAAAAGAAUAUUUAAUUCGUAAUGAAAAAGAAAUUAAAAAACCAGAAGAAUGGUUGCAAUUAGCAAAAGAAGAAGAAUAUAUACAAAAGCGAAUUCAACAACAACGUAAUGAUUUAUCCCCUUCAAGGAUCGUUACCUUGCAGCGGUGA